AUGGGAGCGAGAUAUAAGAUCAUCGACACGCUUGGCGAGGGCACGUUCGGGAAGGUGGUCGAGGUGAAGGACUUGGAAAUGGAGCAUAGAAUGGCUCUGAAAAUAAUAAAAAAUGUUGAAAAAUACAGAGAGGCUGCAAAAUUAGAAAUUAAUGUAUUAGAAAAGUUGGCAGAAGUUGACCCAGACUGUAAACAUUUGUGUGUAAAAAUGUUGGACUGGUUUGAAUAUCACGGUCACAUGUGCAUCGCAUUUGAAAUGCUCGGACAAAGCGUAUUUGAUUUUUUGAAAGACAACAACUAUCAGCCAUACCCCUUGGAACAGGUGCGGCAUAUCUCCUACCAGUUGAUAUACAGUGUGCUGUUCCUGCACGAGAACAAACUCACCCACACAGAUCUCAAGCCAGAGAACAUAUUGUUUGUAGAUAGUGACUACGAGAUCGUCAGUGUAUAUACUAGUUCUAAGAAGACACAUGACUUGCUGCGUGUGAAACGCAGCGAUGUGAGGCUCAUCGACUUCGGCAGCGCCACGUUCGACCACGAGCACCACAGCACCAUCGUCUCCACCAGGCAUUACCGAGCGCCUGAAGUCAUAUUGGAACUAGGUUGGUCACAGCCAUGUGAUGUAUGGUCCAUUGGCUGCAUCAUGUUCGAGUUGCAUCUCGGCAUCACGUUGUUCCAGACACACGACAACCGCGAGCACCUCGCCAUGAUGGAGAGGAUCCUCGGUCCCAUUCCAUACAGAAUGGCAAGAAAGACAAGAACAAAAUAUUUCUACCAUGGCAAAUUAGACUGGGACGAAAAAUCGUCGGCUGGCAGAUAUGUUAGAGAAAAUUGCAAACCACUAUUGAGGUACAUGCAGAGCAACAGCGAGGAGCACCGGCAGCUGUUCGAGCUGAUCGCGCGCAUGCUGGAGUACGAGCCCUCGCAGCGCAUCACGCUGCGGGACGCGCUCGCGCACCCCUUCUUCAGCAAGCUGCCGCCGCACCACAGGCUCGGCAGUGACCGCGCGCGCUGCAACGGCGAGAGCUCGCGCGAGCGCUCACACUCGCUGAGCAGGUGA